GGUAGCGUUGCAGUUGCUGUAUCUGCCUUGGUGGUGUGGCUGACCCGAAGUGUUGCUCUCUAUUUCAUUGGACCCCCUGGUGAUGAGCCGAGUGAUCACGUCGGAAGGAAGAAUUCAAGAACGGAUUUCGAAACCUCACAGGGGUCGCCGAAUUGUGUUGGCCCGGUUGCGCCACCGAUUUGGGUUGUUUUUAGUGACUUUGGUGUACUGCAAAUCGGACACGGCGAUCAACCCCGCUUGACCCUGCUAAAACCAUCCAUCUCUGCAACACUUGCUGGGCGAUUAGCCCAUUUAGACGGCGGAUUCGUUGCUGAAGAAGGAGUGCAUCUGCGGCAGGAUCGCCUUUUCCCCGGGUUCUGCACAGUCGGGGUUCACAGGGAGGCAAGGCGCGUAGCUCUGGGCGGACGGUGGGGGUGCUUGGCGGUGUACGAAUUCGCUGAAGAUGACCGUCUAAUCUGUCACGACUUGAUGAACGUUCCUCCACUGAACAAGAUAAUGCUCAUCUCCUGGGUCACCGCAACUGAACUUGUGAUUGGUGUCCUGCCGGAAAUAACAUCUUCACAUAUUCUAACAGAGGGUCAACGCAUUGACAAAAAUAAUCUCCGUGGUGUCAAAAGUAAAGCGAGCAUCACACUACUGCAGCAGUUAUGUGCCUGA